AUGACAACUUAUUCGUAUCAGGAAUCGUUCGAUGAUGCGCCUGAAUCGCCCACUUCACACGCCGAUCUUAGUGUUUCCAUUCCGAAGAGUUCCUCCUCCAGAUCGUUGACAGACAGCCCUCCCAGCGGUUCGAAUGUAACACCUCAAUUGACAGAAGCACCACCUCUACCCACGAACGCUCAAGAUAAUUCUCAGACAAACGACGAUAGCGAUGUUGCCAGUGUAGACAGAACAUCCGAAGCGGAGGAAACUCCUCGCAAGAACAAGAAAUCACCACUGCUGAUUGCGCAUCGGUUAUCCACUAUUUCUCUUGACGAGAUAAAUCUCGCCAGCAACAAGGAGGAGGAGGAGUCACUUGGGAAUCAGCGUUCGAGCCAGGAGCUCAAAUCGAACACGCCUCCACCAAUCGCAUCUAGAGACUCGAUUUCUUCGCAGAGCUCGCGCCUACAGGAAUCGACGAACAAUCCCCCUAAUGGUGCUCCCACGAACAAAGUGGCCGCCCCUGCACCACCCCCACCACCAACGCGUUCGUUCACCAGUCCUUUUGCAUGGCUCUCUCGGAGCUCAUCAUCCAACAAGGAGGCCAAAUCACCUCCACCACAGCCCCGCCGGAAUACGGCUGCAUCAAUCUCUACUCUCUCCAGCAAUCCUGAUGGUCGACACCAUGACGGGGAAAAUGUGGAUGGCACAGACUCGAGGAAGCCGCGAAGAAGUAGUCUCAAGGACCAAUUCAAACAGCUCCGAUUGCGAGAGGAAGGUCUCAUAGCGGAGAAAGACGAAACAAGUGUCGCGUCAGGACGGGCCAGUUUUAGUCACUCCGCAGGAAGUCCACCGAGUAUUCCAGAAGAAGGCGAUGGCUACACCAGCGUCAUCCCAGCCGCAACGUCACCGAAUGGAGCGUCGACCGUGAAUCCUAAUCUACCUCCAGGUACGGUUGCAGGCUUCUCAGCCUCGGCGACAGAUGCAUCCGCACCCGUAGACUGGGAGCUCUGGCAGCAAUUAGUCAAUCGUGGUCCACAAGCAUUAAAAGGGACGAACUCUCAGGAACUGAAUGCCGCCAUCAAACGAGGAAUCCCGCAAACCAUCCGGGGAGUGAUCUGGCAAGUCCUGGCUGACAGCCGCAAUCCCGAGCUAGAAGAGGUGUACCGGGAACUCAUUGCCCGUGGCACAGACAAGGAGAAGCAGCGGACUUCCAGCGGCGCGAUUAACGGAGUGGGCGAGAAAGACUCGGCGAGGUCGUCAUCGCGCUCUUCAGUCCGAUCAGAGCGGUCUGCCUCCCUGGCACACUCUAUCAAUGGCUCCACGAGCCCUUCGCAUGAGCUCGAUUCCGAACGGCUGGCCAAGGAACAAGCAAAAAGAGCGAAGGAGGAAGCUCUGGCAUUACAAAAGUUGGAGAAAACGAUUCGACGUGAUUUGGGCGCUCGCACAAGCUAUUCCCGUUACUUUGUCUCACAAGGAAACCAGGAAGCAUUGUUUGGGCUGUGUAAGGCAUAUGCUCUGUAUGACGAGGGUGUGGGAUAUGCCCAAGGAAUGAACUUCAUUGUCAUGCCCUUGCUCUUCAAUAUGGACGAGGCGGAAGCAUUUACACUUCUCGUCAAGCUCAUGAAUCAGUAUGGUUUCCGGGAGAUGUUCAUUCAGGAGAUGCCCGGUCUUCACCGCUGCUUGUAUGUCUUUGAGCGUUUGCUGGAGGACUUUGAACCGGCCCUCUACUGUCAUCUCCGGCGACGCGGCGUGCCGCCGCAACUGUACGCAACGCAGUGGUUUCUUACCCUGUUUGCUUACCGAUUCCCUUUACAGCUAGUCCUUCGUGUUUAUGAUCUCAUUUUCGAUGAAGGCCUUGAGAAUGCUAUCCUCAAGUUUGCUCUCGCCAUCAUGCGACGAAACGCAGGCACGCUACUGGAGAUGAAGGAUAUGGCGCCUUUGACCACCUUUUUGAAAGAGCGGUUGUUCGACGUUUACAUCGAUAGGCAACCAACACCGUCCUCGAUCCUAGAGUCGGGCUUUUUUGGAAGCUCCGGUGCUGCCGACAAGGAAGUCUAUAGGGCGGAUAUCAUGGUGCAGGACGCCUGCGCCAUACCUCUGGAACCAGAGACCGUCAGUGCGUACACGGCUGAGUGGGAGGAAAAAGUGCGAAUGGAAAAGGAACGCGAAGCCGAGCUCGAAAACCUGAAACACACUGUAGCCGUGCAAAGUGCUCGGAUUCGCCUGCUGGAGGAGCAGAAUGAAGCUUCUGACAAAGAGCACGUUCAGCUCGCGUCGGAGCUGGUUCACAUCAAGGUUGAAAACGAAGAACUGACGGACAUUAAUGAUGCAUUGAAGAUGCAAGUCAAAGAGCUCAAAAUCGUAGUGGACAAACAGCCAGCGGAGGUAGAGGAAAAGCUACGCACCGAGAUGGACCGCAUCAUGCAACGCAAUCUAGAGGUUCAGAAUGAGAACCGGUCGCUGGUCGAGCAGAUGGCAGAAAUGGAGAAAGAGCUUGUUGAGGCCAAAAUGAAAUGGGCUGAGAUCCAUGAGAAUCACGAAAAUCUCAAACAAAAAUGGAGUGACCUCCGCAAGGCUCUUGAUUAAGUCGUUGUACACUGUGACCGAGCAAUUUAGCGAUGAAGGAGUGAAUGCCCGGCUUCGCUGCUUUCCUCCCCUGCUCUUCUCGUUCGUUCUCCUUGACGCUCAUUUUGUACAUUCUAAGCGACUGGCAAGGUGCAAAGACCCUUGGGUACCUUGUACUAUUUACUCCCAGGGAUGACGGGCGAGGACUAUAUUCAUUGUUUCAUGUUUAUGUUUUUCUCUUAACUUCUGCUUGUGACAGCGGAGAGAACCCGGGCAUGUGAUCCGGCGGCAUGCAUGCAAAGCACCAAUUCCUGAAUUGGAUAUUAUAUUACAUCAAAUGAGUGUUCGAGUAGAGUAUAGUUAG